UUUACAACCACAACUAAAACACUUCAUAUAUUUGGAAGUCAUUUACUGAAUAAUGAAAAGCGAUGAAAAAUAUAAAAAAUAUACGUUUUUAAACAAUUUCUCAUUGACAAAUGCUAAUAAUUGGUAAUGUUCAAACUACGUGGUACUAUUUUAACAUGUGCUGUAAUUCAGUCUAAGCCGUUACACAGAGUUUUUAAGGGCAUUUUCCAAAACGUAAGUCACAAAACGCCACUUUAGCCCAUUGGUGGCAUUGGCAUUUUAAUACCAAUUUGAACUUCAGUUUCAGCCUGAUUUGGAAGGUAACAUAUUUUUACAAUUGGAUAUUUUUUCAGAAAACAUGAUUGAUCAAGAAUCCCUCCUUUUACUCAAUGAAGAGACAGUCAAAGAAAUGGUCUCCGCUAUUGGACCGCGACAAAAGCUUUUAUACAAGCUUCAAGAAGAAAAGAUGCUACAAGCUCAAAGCAGAGAUACUCCAAAUGCAUCUGAUAAUUUAUCAGUUGAAAUAAGCCCUGGAUCAAAAAGUUGCACAAUUAAGAAUCAUGUACUGCCGGCAUCCUUGAAUGAUAAUGAAGAGUUUUCCCCAAAAAAGUUCAAGGCUGAAUUUAGCAUAAAGACCAUACUUGAAAGCUCAAGUCUUGGAGAAGAAAUUUUAAUGGAAUUGAAAAGUGAAAAACUUUCCCGCAAAAACAGAUUAAAAAUGGUCCAGAUUUUGGUUGCUGAGAUUAUAACAAGAUUUGGGGACAGACCAAAGGCAGAUGUGAAAAUUUCAAUGGCAAAAGCUGUUGUGAAUGAGUUUCCUUUCCUCAAAGAUGAGGAAGGUGAAGGCUUUGAAGCAUGGUACACCCCUGGUAGAGGAAUCCAUUCAGCAACUGGUUGGUUGGAGGAAAAAUUGAGAAAUGUUAGACGAAGAACUAACAAAGAAAAGACAACAUCAAUAUGUUCAUCAAACAUAUUGUCAGCGCCACAUUCAAACCUGGUACAAAUUGCUUCUUUGCCUGCAGAAAGCAAUAUUAGCAUUGAUGAAUAUGAAGGAAUGGUAGAGUGGCUGAAAUAUCACAUUGAGCCAUUGAACAAAAUAAAAGACUUUUUGAAAAAAACUGCAAUUAAAAGAGCUUCAUGGAUUCGAGAACAUUCAGAACUUUCAGUGUCUGACAUAGUGAAAGAGCAUCCCAGGUUAUUCGAUACAGCGGGAAUGAUUGAGCAGGACUUCAGUAUUGUUGUUCCUGAAUCAGUGGCAGAUAUCUUCCUCAAAUGGACUCCGUCAUUUGCCGAGAAAGUUCUCAAUUAUGCUUCAGACCAAACCAAUUGGCGACGAUAUCUAAGCAUUGAUGAGAGACAGCUUAACACUGAUGCAGUGGCAAAGCAGAAUGCUGCCAUAAUGGUGCUUCCGAUUAUUUUACCAGCUGGACGGACAGGGAAAAAACGAUGUAGCAUAGACGACGCUCUUAAAGCAUUUAUUGAUGUCAAGCCAAUUGGAACAAAUAUGCCAAAGUAUUUGGAGGAAGAAUCUAAACAUGACCCCCAUAUUCUUGUAACUGGAAAUUGUUGCCAACCACACCAGGUUUUUGUUGUGUCAAGUGGAAAUGUAUUGGAGAAAAAAAACAUGCUGGAGGCUAUUGAUACCUGCUUCAAGUUAUUUUACAUUUUGGAUAUCAAUUAUCCAUGGGAAUGUAAAACUACAUGGGAGUUUAUCCAAAAAACAAUAUAUUGUCUAGAAGACAAAGUGCCUCACAAGACAACUCCUGCUGUGAUCUCAAUGAGAGCUGCCUUGAAGACCAAUUCUGCAGGCAAUGGAUCACUAGCAUAAUAGAUCAACAUUUGAUCUGGGUAACAAGCUGUAUAUAACAUACUAAAAUUAGUAUAUAAUUGCCAAGUUUAUAACUAAUCUAGUUACAGGCCACCCAUAAUAUUUUGCAUACUUUGCUUGUUAGUCUUUUGUUUCUUAAUUAAGUGUUGCCAUAAUUUCACAUAUGUUUUUUGAAUGUUACAGAAAGUUGAACUCUAAUUGCACUUGUUGCUGUUGAAUUGAAUAAUUUGCAUGAAGAUAUAUUUAUUAGUAGAAAUUUAUUAUAGAGUUUGGUGUUCUAAAAAUUUUAUAGUAUCUUUGCUGUAAAGGCAUUGGGAUGUACUAAAUAUU